AUGACUACUCCUGCCUCGGCAGGGCCGUACCAGGCCCUGAUUUUUGGGGCUUCCGGCAUCUCAGGCUGGGCCAUCACCCGGGCCGCCCUUCUAUCAACGGACUUCAAGUUUUCGAAAGUGGUCGGGCUGACACGCAGGCCGCUAAGCAUCCAGCAGUCCUCGCUGCCCACAGACUCGAGAUUAGCAUUGCAGAGUGGCCUUGAUUUGGGCAGAGGUCAAGAAGCCGUGACCGAGCUCUUGGGCACGAUUCAAGAUAUUGAGAGAACAAGCCACGUGUACUUCACCGCAUAUAUUCACGGAGCUUUUGGUGAAACAAAAGACGAGGCGCGCACUCGUAUCAAUGUCGAGAUCCUCCGGACCGCCAUCGGAGCCGUUGAGCAGUUGUGUCCGAAGCUGCAGUUUUGGGUUUUACAAUCUGGAGCAAAGUGGUAUGGAACCGAGUUCUCAGAGAUUCUAAAACCGAAAGCACCUUUCAGAGAAUCCGCACCCCGUAUACCCUCCCCUUACGGCGAUCAUAUCUUUUAUUACCCCCAGUUCGACCUGCUCGAGCAACGAUCAAGGACGAAGGACUGGACUUUUGCGAAUAUCAUCCCGGACUCAAUAGUCGGAUUUGUACCGGCAAAUAACCCCAUGACCAUCGCUCAUCCCAUCGCUCUUUAUCUUGCUAUGUGGAAGAAGUUCCGCGAAACAACCGUCGUGGCGUUCCCCGGCACCAGUACCUCCUACAAGACCUUACACACAGACUCCUCCUCAGAUACAUUGGGUAAUUUCACAAUAUACGUGUCGAUGCAUGCCGAACAAACCUCGGGCCGGAACUUCAACAUCGCUGACAAUGACGGUGUGACGUGGGAGGAUACAUGGGAUGGGAUUUGCUCCUACUUCGGGCUCAAGGGCGGACCCCCAAAUGAAAACGCAGGCUUUUUGCAAGGGGAGAAUUGGAUCUUGUCAUUGAAACCCAGGUGGGCUGAGUUUGAGAAAGAAACCGGCCUGAGGUCAGGGGUGUUGGAGACGACACCAUGGGAAUUCUUCACCAUUAUUGUGGGUUAUUACUCUGAGAUCAAUCGAAAUCUCGACAUCUCGGAAGCGAGAAAGAUAGGGUUCCCGUUAUCGGGAGACGCGGUUAAGAGCUACCACGACACCUUCGACCGAUUGCGCGUGGCUAAGAUGAUUCCAUGA